AUGUCGAAAGGAAGAACAUUUGAUUAUUCUCCUACUUCUGUGUUGAUAGAAGAAUUAAAAAAAGUUGAAAGUAGUGAUCAAGCAUUUUUCCUUCAUGUUUAUGAAUCCAUAGUUAUAUCUGGAAAUCCUAAUGAAGAUCUUCUUGAGUUUAUUGUGCAUGAGUUGUUUCAAAUUACUUUUGUUGAGGAUAGUCUCCAUCAUUUGCUGAAGGAUAGUGUUAUAAUAUUCAGAUCUAUUAUUGGCAAGCACCCUUAUCUUAUGUCUACUUUUUUAAAAGAAGUAAACCAAACUGAUGGAGAGAAAAUUAUUAAGCAUGCUACUUAUGUUUUGGAAAAAAUUUCCUUGGAGCAGUGGAUUCCAACACCAAAAGAUAUUGUUAAUAUUUCUCAAUGGCUGUUGUCCUAUAAUCUAUCGAUGGCAAAAAACCAUAUUGCACGAAUUUUACUUGAAAAAAUGAACUGGAAAUUCUCUCCUCAGGGCGAUCUGACUUUGCCCCUUAAACUACACAGAGAAAUUGCAGUUUUAGUUUUGCAAGCUUACAUGAAAUUUGAUAAUAAUGGAAAUGAAUGGAGUGUAUCACGUGGCUUAAACCAGAUCUUGCAUUAUACUUCACUUAAAAGUGUUUCUAAAGAAGAUGAAGGUUUCGUUCCUUGGGCUUGGAGACUUUUAUUCUCUCUUAAACUACAUGCAUUGGACAGCAAGCAUCCGAAUUGGGUAAAUGUUUAUGAUGGAUUAAUAGAAAUUCAUGAUUUACCUAAUCCUUUUGAGGACCUUUGGCUGCAUCCAUUGAAGUUAGCAUAUGAAUCAAAUCAUCCUGCAGCAUGUUACUUAAUGCUUGUGAUGACAGAUAUUGGACAUGGGGUAAAAAAAUUGAUGAAAUAUGGGUUAGAUUGUUUGAUAUCUCUCAUUAAUAAUCAGCAUUACUUGGCAGCUAUUCAGUCUCUUUACUAUGUUUUACCUUUUUUUGAGAAAAAUUCUGAUGAACUUUUAGCACAAACAGAAUUCAUCAAAGCUAUGGGUAGUUUAAUGAUAGCAGAUGCGUCAGUAAUUUCAAAGAUAACAGGAGAAGCUAUUGUUGGUGCAGUUCUUCUGAAGCUUGCCUCAAUGAUAAAGCAUCAAAUUGCAGAAGCUGGUAGUUUGACAAUUGAAUGUGCUUUACCUCUUUUAAAACUCUGGAUCAAGCUUCUGUUAAAAGUGUUGGCCCAUCCAUCAUUGAAAUCAUGUAUUAAAGGUUAUUCAAAACAAAUACAUUAUCUUUUAGAUAUUGUUUUGCAAAUAGCUUUUACGGACUCCUAUACUAGAGACAGUAUUUUGGAUCUCCUUUAUACUCUUGGUGCUAUUCAUUUGUCCGAUAAUAACACUGCUAACUCAUCAUUUUGGAACAAAUGGAAUAAAAAUAAUGACUCUAAUUUUUUUUCAAUAUUACAAGAAGAAACAUCAUCAGAAUUUGCAUGGUUAGCAUUCAGUGUUAUUUGGUCUGAAUCAAAACAAGAACUUAUGCAAGCUUUGUGGAAAAGAGUUCAAAAUGAAAUAUACAAUGAUGAUAAAAUCAGUAUUUCCCUAGCCAUUAAAAAGUCAGCUCUUUUUCUAAAAAUUCCACUUCCAACUCCAGAUGUUCUCCCAAUUUAUAGAUGGAGUAAACAAAUAAUAGCCACUCCUGUGUCUCACCCAUCUUUGCCAAUAAUGUGGCAACAGUUCUUUCUACUCUACUUUCAAAGAAUUUCUUUAGAAACUCAAGCUCCUCGAAGCCUGGGUGAAUAUUAUUUUAGAACAGGUAAUUCAAGACUUUUAUUUGAAAGGUUAAAAAAGUGCUUGGAUGAAUCUGUUAAGUUUUGGUUGGAUAAAUUGCAAACAACUAAACAUUCUAAAGAAUCAGAGAACCCAGAAGAACCUUUGAAGACUUGUAAGACAGGUGUUGAAAAAUGUAAAAGUACUAAAGAACAGUCCUUCAAUUUAGAACUAUGCAGGAUUUUUAAAGGUUUUUCUUUGUGGCUUACUGACCUAAAUCUACAUACUCCGAAUGUUUGCUAUUCUGCUUUGGAUCCAAAAUAUUGUUGUGAACGUCUGCAAUUAAUUUAUAAUGAUGAUAAAGAACUUUGGUUUGAUUUAAUAUCUACUAAUGGUAUGCAAGAGAUGUUAGGACAAAAACUUUCCUCAUGGACUGUAAAAAAAUCCUUUUCUAUGGAGAGCUUUCAGUCGCAAGAUAAGAACUCUUUUGAUCGGAUCACGAGACAUCUUAAGCUUUGUAAUGCAAAAUCUUUCAAUUGUACUGCUGAUAUUGAACCACCAACACUGGACAUUGAGGAAGCUGCUUUGUCUUCUUGGGAUUUACUGCGUAAGCUAAUUGAAACCAAUCAGAGACUGAUUUUUGAAAAAGCCAAAAGCUUUACAGAUUUUUCAAACAAACUAACGCAACUUAACUUUGACUAUGAAAAUUUAGUUCCUCAAGAAUAUGAUAUUUAUGAUACUAAGAUUGAAGUUAAGAAAGAAUGUUCUAAAGGUAUUAACUGUUCUGGCCCAAGACAUUUCAAAUUAAAAGUUCGUCGAUAUAGUCCUAAUCUAAGAAUACAAGAAAAACUAGAAAAGAAUCAAGUUGACCAUCGAAUGAUUACAGAGCAACUUUUGAAUUUUCCAAUGCAUCGACUGUGUUCGGCAUCAAUUCAUGUUGAAAAUUACAUCAAAACUUUAUCCUUGAAAUUAAAAUCAGCUGAAGGUGAAAGUGCUAAAAAAAUUAGAGAAAUAGGAGAAGCUUUGUUUUAUCAUGAGUUGAAAGUUAUUGAUAAAGUUUUACCAACUGUCUCAAAUUUUUCUCCUUCAAGACAGUUUUUCUCCACUAUUAUAGAAUCUCUGGGAAAGGAAUUUAUUCUUGGCCAAGCAAGUCAAUUAUUACCUUUAGCAACAGCUAUAGUACACUGUGAGAAUUCUGGUGUGCUAGCUUCUAAUCUACUAUUGCCAAAUAUUGCUCCAGUAUUGUUGUUGCCUGAUUUGUAUGAAAUUGUUACCUAUGCUGUGACUCAUGAUAGUUUUAAUUCUGCCUUUGUCUUACUUAGUAAGAUUGAUAUCAAACUAAUUUUAGAACAACAAAAACCAGAUAUCUCUGUCCGAAAAAAAAUCUUUGACUGUAUAUGCUCUGCCUUGUUUGCAUGUGGCUAUAAAAUUAAGAAAGAAGAUCUUCCAUUUUAUGAGGUUCUCAAAAAACAAUACUCUGCCUUGAUGCUAUGGAUGUUUCCUGAACUGUUUUGUGAUGCUACUAGGUUUUGUAUUGAAGGUAUGGAACAAGAAAAAAUAUCUUCUGAUAUAUUCUAUGAAACAAUAUGCUGUACUGGUUGCUUUAGAUUAAAUGAAAAAUCUUCUAUGCAUGAAAUCCAAAAUGCCUUGAAAAAGUUUGCACAAAAUAUGCUUUUACCUCCUGAUCAACAGAUAUAUGUCUCUAGUAAUCCCAUAAACAUUCUGCAGGUAAAGGAUACUCUUGAGUUUUUGCAUGAAAAAUUUGAAAGAACAAGGCAAUGUCAAGUAUUAGACUUUUAUGAGACACAUGCCAAAUAUAUUAAACCUUUUGGAUUAUACAUGGCUCUUUUAAAUCAUUCUUUGUUACUCCUAUUGACUGAAAAUUUCACUAAAGAAUUUUGCAGUGUUGUCAACGUAUGGAAAUUAAUCUCAGAUUCAUUUACUCCAUGGUUACAUCCUACUGUUCAUAAUUCUCACUUAAAUUUUCCCUGGUCUGAUAUUCAAAUAGAAAAUGCUAGAUAUAUGUUUCAAAUGUUUACUUUAACUUUGACUAAUCUACACGAGCUGCUACAAAGAGCUGAAUUCAGAGAUGAAGAGAGCAGAAAUAUUCUUUCUCAUUGUUGGACUCAGUAUGUCAGUAUUUAUGUAAAGCCUGGAUUACGUCAUUAUUCGAUUUCAGUGUGUCAUUCAGAGUAUAUAAACUUACCUUGGCAUCAAUUUUAUCCUGAUCCAGAAGACAUUGAUAACAUGUGCACUGUUCUUCAAAGUGAUCUGUAUGAAAGUAAAGAGUUCCUUGCGAAAAUAAGUUUAAAAAUACCAUGGUCAGAUCUGAUAAAAAAUAUUGGUAUAUUUCAAUCAUGUGAACAAGUUCAAAAAAUACUAGCUACACUUGGUAAACUACUCAUUAUAUCCGGACUAGAUGUUUCAUUGACUCAGAGCAAUGCACAUAAAAAUAAAAUAGGAGUUUUGGAAGAUCUACCAUGGUUCAUAUUGACUUUGGAAGAUGUUCGAAGUUUGUUAACUUUGUAUUACUCAUCAUAUAAUCCUCAAAAUAUCAUUAAAGAUGAUCCUCAAGGAAGUCCAAAUUUUUAUAUUUUGCAGUUUUUGAAAAUAAUUUGUGGCAUGACAUUGACUACUGGAGAUGAAAGUUUCAAUAUGCAACCAAAGCAACUUAUUUUCUUUCAUUAUUUCAGUACCUCUUUAUCUCAAGACAUUAUUAAAAAAGAAUCACCUUUAAGAAAUGAACAUAAUUUAAUUAAGAUUCUGCCAGAAUUACUCAGUGACAUUGAUAACUUAUUAAGAAAUAUAAAGCCAGACAAACAAAUGUCGCAUGCAUUGCCAUUGGCUCGGGAAAUUUUGGGAUUUCUUAAUAACAUACCGGAAUCUAGUCUUGAAGAAAUUGCUGUUAACUCAGUUGUCUCAUGGUUGAAAUGCCACCACACUAGUCCAGUUCUUUUACCGUGUCUUCAAACAGCUUGUCAAUGCCUAAACACAGUUUCAAGUGCAGUUACUGUUGCAGAAUGCUGCAUUGUAUCUCGUUUUAAUAUAGAAUUGAGUAAUCCAGAUGAUGUUAAGAUUAUAUGGAAUGUUGUUAACAACUCCUUUCAAAUCCAAGCUAUGUCAAGAGACGAAUUUAUUAAUACCUGUGUAUAUAAAAACGCCUUUCUCACUUUAUACUGUCAUGUGCUAGAGAGAAUUUUAAAAUCCUCUACCUCAGAAACUAAGAAACUGUUGUUAACAAAUAUUGUUAACUGGAUACAAAGAGCUGAUUUGAAAAAUGUUAAAGAGUCUGAUGAAGGAAAGUGCUUGUUGUUGUGGGAUAAAGUUUUAGAAUUAAGUAUUCUACUUGCUUAUGAAGAUGAAUGUCAGGUUGUCCAGAGAUCAUUGAAGGCAUUUUGUCUUAGAAUAUCAUUACUUGGUGAAGAUAAGACUAGUAAUGGAAUUUUAGGUGCCAUUGGGCUGGGAUCUAGUUCUCAUUUAUCUGUAAAUUUCAGGUUUGUUUGUCGCAUUAUCUCUGCAUUUCUUCUUCAUCAAUUACCUGUCAAUGCUGGAAUUCGAUUAGAGCCAAUGGCAACUGGACACAUGCCCAAAGAUGCUAAAAAACUAUCUCCAUCUGAGCCAGGUCCUAGUUUGGAAGCCAUUCAAUCUUUGGAAAAUUUGCGCUCCUUAUUAAAAAACAAAUCUUAUUCUGCUCUUCGUGAACUAGUCAGUAGUGCAAUAGAAUACAUUUUAAAUUCAAACCAUUGUCUUUCAGAUAGUCGUCAAUUUUUAAGAAGUUACUCACUAUUGGUUUUUCCUAAACAAACAUUUUUAUAUAGUAUUGGUUUGUAAAUACAGAAUUGGAACUGGUAACUUUGCCAUCUUUUGCCCCAGAAAACUACAGUAGAGAACCGAUUAUCCGGAACAAUCGGGACCAUCACUAUUCCGGGUUACUGAUUUUUCCGGUUUUCUGAAUCGCUACAAAAAGCCGUUUUUUUUUUAUUGUUAAACCCAACUAAAAAAAAAACAAAUAUUUGGAAA